AUGGAGCGCGCAGCAAUACUUCAGGAGUCGACAAUGACCGACAUCUCGCUGCGGCCAACGAGAGUGAGCGACGUGCUGCAGCUGAAGGCACAUACGCCCUCUCAGACAACCGUCAGCAACGAGGGAACGUACCAGAUCGCGAACGAGGCUUCAAUCAAGACCAUCGAGGAGGCGACCGAAGCUUCAAUCAAGACCAUUGAGGAGGCGACCGAAGCUUCAAUCAAGACCUUCGAGGAGGCGACCGAGCCUUCAACCAGGAUUACCGUGGCCAGCGCCACUACAACAACCACGACUUCAACAGAGACAACCGACUUCCGCAGUACCGGCGAUGUGCCCCGUAUGGUGGGAUGA